GAUGGACCUAUUUUUCUUGAGCCUUUCUCCAGAUUGUUGAUAUUUCUAGGCUUAGAGCUAUGCAGUGGGUAGCUCCGGUGCCUAAACAUUGCGCAUUACACAGAUGAAACGUAAAAAUGUGACGCUGCAUUGCAUACCAAAUACACCAAACGUUAAUAACAUUUGUUACAAAAGCGGAAAGACUAACGCAUAGAAAGCGUCCGGGGAAUUGUUGUUUUUACACGGAGCAAGUUUGGUGCUGUUAUGUUUCUGGGGGGACAAUAUUUGCAGCGGAUUGUAAGGUACAUCACUAUGAAGUUUUGCCUAGUUUUUGUAAUGACGAUUAAGCUGAAACCUACGGUCUGAAAAGAUAGCACUGGGGGCAAGUGACCUGUUCCAGACCCACUGUGUACAUUUUGGAUUAUGGCAUCUGCAAUGUCACAGCAUUCAUCACCGCCGGCCAGUCAGUCGCUGGCUACCGUACUUAUGGCCGUACCUGUGUUAGUAUAUGGCCCGCGGUCGCUGCCUGUGGCGGUUCCGAACGAAUCUGAAGGAAACGGCGAGAUUGGGAUGUUUCGAUUGGUACUUAGUAUGGAACUAGAACGUAGUGGUGAGUUCCGGCUCGCCCUGAGGAAUGGCAGCACGAGCACCUGUAGUAGUAUGAAUAUUGUGGAGUACAAUCUACGGGAUAUUUCAUAUCAAGUGAAAGACUUCACACAUCAUGAGUUAACAGUCGUGAACUCUCCAGAGCAACAUUUUUCCUUUAUAUUUGAAGACGAGAAAGUGUCACAGAAAUGGUGGACUGUCCUUAGCUGCUCCUUAAGAGAGGUGCAGAAAGCUGCUUUAGGCUCAUCUCUAGCUUCACAGCCUUCUGUCCAGCCACUUGCACUGAAAGACAGUGUGCUUAAACUAGCACCGGAAGCUGCGAAGACUGCAUCAUCGGUGCCAACUACUCAGCUUCAGAAAUUGGAGGAUCUGUUGCUACGACUUUCCCAUGCCAUUGAAUCUGGUGACCAGCUUGCAGCUUCUCGUUAUGCUGCAAGUUUAGCACAGCAGCAGGUUUCCGUCAAGAUUCAACUUAAAGAAUCCAACUUCAGCAACACUGCAGUCAGCGUGAAAGUUGGUGUAGAAGAUGCUACUUCUUCAGCAGUUAUUUCAAUGAAGGUCUUCCCUUAUACUACUAUAGAGACUUUGAAGCAGCAGGUUUUCCAAGAUUAUGGGUUUCAUCCUACUGUCCAGCGGUGGAUUAUUGGUCAAUGCCUUUGUGUGGAUGAACGAACUGUCAGUUCUUAUGGCAUUAAGAAGGAUGGGGACAUGGCUUUCUUAUACUUAUUGUCAGCAAAACAAGCAAGUCUCUCAAAGCUCCAUUAUGAAGAUGAUCAAGCCCUUGCUAUGUGUUUACCUGGUGCUGCUGCUACUUCAACCAAACGAGACAGCUUGGUUGCUGAGGAGAACCUACUGUACAAUACACUGCCUGCCCGGCUAACAUCAAAGAGAGCAAGUAAGACUAAGGAGAAAGACGGAAAGAUGGGCAUCAGUGAUAUCAGACGCUUCCUAGAUCUGGAUAUGCUUCAGAUUAACGACACUUUACCCAGCAAUGGACCAAGCAGACUGUCUCAAACUAAGCCAGUACCUUCUCAAGUAGUUUUCCAGCAGUCUGUGGAAGAAAAACGGCUUAAAAACUACCAAUACAUGCUGCAGACAGACAGUCAAGCCUUGGUCAUGAACUGGCAGACUACUGAAUGUCUAAUUUGCUUUAUGGAGAUGAAGCCUGGAGGGGGAGUGCUGCUUCGCGAGUGUCUGCACUGCUUUUGCAAAGAAUGCCUAAGACAGCUGAUCAAGACCUGUGAUGAUCCUGAAGUGUCAUGUCCUUUCCGAGAUGACAUCUAUGCCUGCAGCAGAAAGAUGCAAGAUAGGGAAAUACGUGCACUGGUGUCUCCAGAGGAGUAUCAGAAGUUUCUGGAUCGGAGUCUAAUGGUAGCUGAGAGUUGUAGCCCAAACAGUUACCAUUGUAAGACAGUGGAUUGCCGUGGCUGGUGCAUUUAUGAAGACACAGUAAAUGAGUUCAGGUGCCCCAUCUGCAACAAACUUAACUGUCUAAUAUGCAAGGCAAUCCAUCAAGGAAUGAACUGCCGACAGUACCAAGAUGAUAUACAGAUCAGAGCCCUCAAAGAUUCUGCCGCGCAACAGACUGCAGAAAUGCUGAAAAUACUAGUUAAUAUGGGAGAGGCCAUGUUCUGCCCAUUGUGCAAGAUUAUCAUACAGAAGAAGGAGGGCUGUGACUGGAUACGUUGCACCGUCUGCCACACUGAAAUCUGCUGGGUCACAAAGGGGUCUCGUUGGGGACUUGGGGGCCCAGGUGACAUCAGCGGGGGCUGUCGCUGCAACGUCAAUGGAGUUAAAUGCCAUCCAAAUUGUCAGAAUUGUCACUGAGAGUCCAGACUCUGUCACACUGUAUGCCUUAUUGCCUGUCCUACACUGACAUAUUCUCUUCUAUGCUAACUAAGCCAUCAACACUGGACUAGAAGAAAGGAAAGUAAUUGCACUAGGGUUUAUGUAAUAUAUUUAUGACUGUAUUUAUCCUAAAGUGCCUUAUUUGUCAUGAUGAAUGUGUAAAACUAUUAGCCUUGCUUUGAGACAUAAACUGAGGUUGACUAAGGUUAAACAACACUCAACAUUCAGCAGAAAAAGUAUGCAAGAAAGCCAAAGGUGUUUCUGCAGUCAUUGAAAGUAA